UAUCAUCACUAUCGCCACGGUCGCUAUCCCUUACCAAACGACGAAAUCGAGCAGGAGCGAGAGUAUUUGAAACAUGUGAUACACAUGGAACUCGUCAGCGGCAAGCUGUUCAACUCUCCCAUUGCGCCGAAUCCACAACGAAUAUUGGACCUUUGCACCGGCACAGGGCUCUGGCCAGUAGCGGUUGCCAAAAUGUAUCCAAGCGCCGAAAUCGUCGGCCUUGACCUCAGCCCGAUCCAACCACUAAUGGUCCCCCCGAACGUACGGUUCCUAGUCGACGACGUGGAGGAUGAAUGGAUGGAUCGCGGCGGCUACGACUUGAUCCAUCUGCGCCAUUCAUGCAUCUACUUGAAGGACGUCGACAAGAUGAUAAGGAACAGCUAUUCCCACCUGAAAGAAGGUGGUUGGCUUGAAAUCACAGACUACUGCAGCUUCCUCCGAUGCGAUGACGGCACAAUGCCCGAAAACCACCCACCGGCGCAAGUCGCCAUGAUGAUGCACCAGGCCCUGUCGAGAUACGGCAUGAAUGCCUAUGUCAUUAACGAGCUGGAAGAUAAAUUUAAAGCCGCGGGCUUCAAAAAUAUCCAAUGCCGAGUAAUCAAGACGCCCCUCGGCAAUUGGCCCAAGGAUCCCCACCAGCGUGAAAUAGGAAUCCUCUUCCGCGAUGCCAUCAACGAGCUCGUCGGCGCCCUCGCCGCCAAACCUCUCAGAACGCUAGGAUGGGACGACACCGAGCUGGAAGUCUAUCUCGCAUCCGCACGGAAAGCUCUCUGGGAUAAAAGGGUGCAUUGCUAUGCCAACUUUAUCUCUUGGUGGGCGCAAAAGUGA